GGCCGCCAGCGCGAUGCUGCUGGGCGGGUCGGCGAUGGCGCAGGACGUGCUCCUGGGCGCCAACGGCGGCGUGCUGGUGUUCGAGCCCAACGACUUCAGCGUCAAGGCCGGCGAGACCAUCACCUUCAAGAACAACGCCGGGUACCCGCACAACGUGGUGUUCGACGAGGACGCGGUGCCCUCCGGCGUCGACGUCUCCAAGAUCUCCCAGGAGGAGUACCUCAACGCCCCCGGGGAGACCUUCUCCGUCACGCUCACCGUCCCCGGCACCUACGGCUUCUACUGCGAGCCCCACGCCGGAGCCGGCAUGGUCGGCAAGGUCACCGUCAACUAAGCUGUCAUCUAGCUCUUGCGAAUUGUUGCGGGUCGGUUGAUCGAUCGGGCGUGUCAUGCAUGCAUAUUGAUUAAUUGUACGUACGUACGCUAUAUGUAUAUGUUUUCAACUAUAAGAUGAGAUGAGGCUCUUGAUGAUAA